AUGUUGUUCGUGCUUUAUUUGCAGCUCUGCCUCUCAGUGAUUUUUGCAAAAUAUCAGCCAACAUGGCCCUCUCUGGAUUCUCGACCACUUCCGAGUUGGUAUGACGAGUCGAAGUUCGGCAUAUUUUGCCACUGGGGAGCCUAUUCAGUACCAGCUUAUAAGGGAUCCGAAUGGCUUUGGUGGUUCUGGAAAGGUGAUAAACCCGACAAGGACGUUGUUAACUACAUCGAACGUAAUUUUAGACCAGGGACGACGUAUGCGGAUUUUGCGAGAGAUUUUACUGCUGAGCUAUUCGACCCUAAGGAGUUUGCAGACAUCGUGAAGUCGUCCGGAGCAAAGUAUUUCGUUCUAACUAGCAAGCAUGCCGAAGGAUUCACUCUAUGGCCAACAAGGACAAGCUGGAAUUGGAAUUCUGUUGAUGUAGGUCCAAAAAGAGACAUUGUCGGAGAGCUCAGGGAUGCCUUCAGAGGGACUGACAUUCACUACGGGCUUUAUUUCUGUCUAUUUGAGUUUUUCCACCCAAAGUAUCUCGACGAUAAAAAAUACAAUACUACAGCUUACGUUGAACAAGUUUCUUAUCCACAACUGAUGGAGAUAGUGAACCGCUACAAACCAGAAAUAGUAUGGAGCGAUGGUGAAUGGGAGAAAAGCGAUGAGUAUUGGAAGAGCAAGGAAUUUCUAGCUUGGCUGUACAACACCAGUCCUAUAAAAGAAAACGUUGUGGUCAAUGAUCGCUGGGGUGAGGGCUCGAUUGGCAAGCAUGGAGGUUUCCUCACAUUUCAUGAUCACUUCGAUCCAGGCAAGUUGGUAGAAAGAAAGUGGGAGAACUGCAUGACAAUGGACAAGUCCGCAUGGGGAUCUAGGCGAACAAUGAAGAGCAGCGAUGUGCGCACUGUACACGAACUUAUUGAGCAAUUAGCGAGGACUGUAUCCUGUAACGGAAAUCUACUACUGAAUGUUGGUCCUGAUAUGCAUGGCAAGAUACCUCCAAUUUUUGAGGAUCGCCUUCGAGAGUUGGGCAGGUUCCUUAGCGCCAACUCUGAAGCGCUUUAUGGGACAAAGCCAUGGAUUCACCAAAACGAUAGUGGAAAUACUUGGUACACCUCUCGUAUCUUAUCAGCUACAUUACCGAAAAACAGGGUAUACAAUCCACAAAUUGAAGGACAAACCAUUGUUUAUGCAUGGAUACUAGAUAUGCCAACCAAAGAUUUGGAAUUGAAGAUGGUCAAAACAACGGAGAGGACAAGGGUCACCUUCCUUGGUACCGAUCUCUCAUUUGAACCAGGGGCUGGUCCAUCCCUAAUAAUCAGGUUCAUCACUAUUCCAUGGAGGAAAUUGGCCCGCAAUGAUGUCAUGAUUUUGAAAAUUGAAAACGCGGCUUCGCAAAUAGUAAUUACCUUUUUGUAA